AUGUGUGAAGUGGCGAUGAUGUCGACACCAGCAUCUUCAAACAUUGCAUCAGACAAAGUGAGUGAAGUGGAAGAUAUGGUGACAGAUGAUGGAGAAGAUUCAAAAUCAGAUGAUAAUGAUGAAAAUUUCUUUGAUAAGCUUAUUAUGGUUAUCAUCAUGUCUUUUGAAUACCUAUUUCCGGACCUGAUGAAAACAACUCCUAGUCUUAAUACAACUAUGGGUGUAUAA